AUGUAUGAAGAGCAUGACGUAGACUUAGAUGGAGCUGGAGCCACUGGAGCUAUAGUGUUACCUGCACUACCUCCAGGUGUUAAGUUCACAAUCACCAGCACCAUGAUUCAACUACUAAAUCUGAAAGUGUGUGGAGGAUCAUUUAUGAGGAAGCCAUUCUCAGAGAGCAUGCAACUGAUGGACGAAGUGUCAAAGAAUAAUAGGGCAUGGUACACCAGGGAUGCAGAAGUAGGAGAUCUAGGGUACACAUUUGAACUGCUGGCUGAACAAAGGAAGAGAGAAGAAGAAAGAGAUCAGGAUAUGGCACAGGUCGGAACUUCUCAAGGGAAGGACAGUAUGAUAGGCCAGCAAACAGAGAGCAGGGAAACUGGCAGAAUAGAGAUGGGUAUUGAAAUGACCGCAGUGGUGCAUAUGUUCCCCCAGGUGUUGGAGCAAGCUGGAAGAGGGGAGGAUGAAGCUGAUCAAGUAGAUGACUUGGAGGAUGCUCAAGAAAUAGCCAAACCAGUAGGAGCGAAAGAAAAAGAGGUUGAGAGAACCUUACCUUUACAGAAUAUCCCAAGACCACCUCCUCAUUUCCCUCAAAGGCUUAAAAAGAAAGCCGAAGAUAGGAAAUUUGCUAAAAGAAGGAAGAACCAGGUGCCAGGAUAUGCCAAGUUCAUGAAGGACUUGGUUAAUAACAAAAGAGUGGUGACUAUUGAUUUGACUAACCAUAGUCAUCACUACAGUGCUACUGCUACCAGGGGCCAGCAUAAACUUGAUGUCGCUGGCCAUCUACAAGCAACUGGUUUAGGAGUUCCAAAACCCACAACCAUGAGGCUGAUGAUAGCAGAUAUGUCAGUAAAGCGACCUGUGGGCAUACUAUGUGAUAUUCUUGUAAAGGUGGACACGUUCAUAUUUCUGGCAUACUUCGUGAUUUUGGAUUGCGAAGUGGAUUUUGAGGUUCCCAUUAUUUUGGAAAGACCAUUUCUGGCCACAGGACAAGCAUUGGUAGAUGUUGAGCGAGGAGAACUAAAAUUCAGAAUCAACAAUGAAGAGGUUUUUGAUGAAAAAGAAAUGGGAGCAACUAUCGAAGAGAGGCUGACUGUUGAGACUCUAGCUGCAGUGCUGAUGUAUUUUGAAGCUGAUUUUUGGCCUGGUCCUCCAGCAAAACCAUCCAUUGAGAAACCACCUAUGCUGGAACUAGAACAAUUACCCAGUCACCUGAGGUCCAAGUUAUGA